AUGACAAACAUUGUACAAAGCAAUGUGAUACCAAACUUCAUUGCAAUGUUAUUAAGUCACAUUGCAUUAUUGUCAUCCCGCCCAUCCACUUUGUCAUUCUAUUUUGCAGCCUUGAUUUUGUUUAGCAGGCCUCCUUUUGGGAGCAAGAGUGUAGAGAGGUAUUUUUCAAAGCGGAUAGGAUCCCGUGAAACAGACAGCAUUCACUUUCUUUCGUAUGACAUGGAUAUAUACUACAAGAAUGAUAUCAAGUUGCUGUUGCCAAACUGGGGGAAAACACAUGGAGAUACAUCACUUUCUCUGUCAUAUAACAAGAACGACGUAAUAAUGCAAUACAAACAGAAAAAAAAAACGAUGAGCCGUGAUUCCGAAGAAAAAGAUAUGCCAAAUAUGUUUUCUAGUGGUCAGACCAACUCCGUUAGCAUAUUACUUGCCGGGGAUUGUUUCACUGAAUGUAAUCAAAAAGAAGAACACGGUGUUCCAUCAAUAUCCAAAACGGGGUAUGAUUGGCUCGUACAGAGAGAUCAACACCCACUUAUUGCCAAAUGGUUAGCUAUUGCCCUUUGUGCUUCUCUCUUUUUAAACACUUAUCUCUUGAACUCUUCUAAAGAACCUAAAGUGGUUAUCCAAAAGGUCAUUGAACGUGUGGAGGUACCUGCCAAGAAACACAAGGCCCCGAGAAAACAUCAUCAUUCCGACAUUGUGCGUACAUUGGAAGAAUCCUACAGUUUAAUCAGUACACCCGAACUCUUGACCGAUGAAGAAAUCAUCAUGAUUGUCCAGAGUGGUAAGAUGGCUGCCUAUGCGCUUGAAAAGGUACUUGGUGAUUUCGAAAGAGCCGUUCAUAUUCGUCGUGCCUUGAUCUCUCGUGGUUCUGUCACUCAGUCAUUGGAAGGUAGUUUACUCCCUGUCAAGAAUUACCAUUAUGAUAAAGUCAUGGGUGCUUGUUGUGAAAACGUGAUUGGUUAUAUGCCCAUCCCUGUGGGUGUUGCCGGGCCCAUGAACAUUGACAAUGAACAAAUUCAUAUUCCUAUGGCUACCACCGAAGGUUGUCUAGUGGCUUCUACAGCCAGAGGUUGUAAAGCAAUUAAUGCCGGUGGCGGUGCUACCACCAUUGUCAUUGCCGAUGGUAUGACGCGUGGUCCCUGUGUUGAAUUCCCCAAUAUUACUCGUGCUGCUGAUUGUAAACGUUGGAUCGAACAAGAAGGAGAAGCAAUUGUGACGGGUGCAUUCAACUCCACCUCUCGAUUUGCCCGUGUACGUAAGUUAAAGGUAGCACUUGCUGGUAGACUUGUCUAUAUUCGUUUCUCCACCACCACAGGUGAUGCUAUGGGUAUGAACAUGAUCUCCAAGGGAUGUGAAAAGGCUUUAAGUAAGAUUGCGGAACGCUAUCCUGAUAUGCAAAUCAUUUCUCUCUCUGGUAACUAUUGUACCGAUAAAAAACCUGCUGCUAUCAACUGGAUUGAAGGUCGUGGUAAGUCGUGUGUUUCUGAAGCUGUGAUUCCCGGUGCGAUUGUUGAAAAGGUGCUCAAGACUACAGUGGCAGCACUUGUCGAAUUGAACAUUUCCAAAAACUUGAUUGGCUCUGCUAUGGCUGGUUCGGUGGGUGGGUUCAAUGCACACGCUGCUAAUAUCUUGACUGCUAUUUACUUGGCUACCGGUCAAGAUCCUGCACAAAAUGUCGAAAGUUCCAUGUGUAUUACUUUGAUGAAGGCAGUGAAUGGAGGCAAGGAUCUUCAUAUCUCUUGUACAAUGCCUUGUAUUGAAGUGGGUACCAUUGGUGGUGGUACUAUCUUACCCCCUCAACAAGCCAUGUUGGAUUUCAUUGGUGUCCGUGGUCCUCAUCCUACCGAACCUGGGGCAAACGCUCGUCGUCUUGCGCGUGUUAUUUGUGCUUCCGUUAUGGCUGGUGAACUUUCCCUUUGUGCCGCUUUGGCCGCAGGUCAUUUAGUUCAAGCUCAUAUGGCUCAUAAUCGUAAUGGUGCUGCCGCUGCCGCUGUCGCUCCCCCUGCUGCUGCUGCUGCUGCUCCCAUUCAAGAUUCAACCCCUCCUGCUACUCCCAAGGAAAAUGGCUCUCCCAUGAUUGGAAGUUGUAUUAAAUCAUAA